GCCUAUCAUCACCCCUGAUCUAGACAUCCAUAUCGGCCAGCAUUGACUGUAGAGGCGCCUCCCUGAAAUUUCCCUAUGUUGCCAAAUUAUUCAAACAAUGCUCUUGCACGCAUGCCUUCUGAAUUUCCAGAUGUCCGUGGAGAUCGGGGAGAUCGCAAAAGGACUCAAUCACUAUGAGAUCAGACGGAGAUUGCAAUAUGCUCUGAAAUUGCUCCUGUAUUCCCCCGAUGCUCUGAAUCUGCAACAGGUGAAGCAUAUCGGUAUCGAUUCCCGGACCGUCCGCUUGUUGGAUAUCUUACGAAAUGAUAUCCAUCUUGAAUUCCCAAAACUAGAGCACUUUGAGUUCUCAGGAGAUAUAGAAUUCACAGCCGGCCAUUUAGUCAAGCUGUUCGAAUACGCUCCGAAAUUGCACAGCGUCGCACUUAACACCAUCCACGGCACUUUUUUCUCUUUACCGUCAGGACAAAUUACCACCAUCCAUUUUGCGAAUACAUUUUCGUUAGUUUAUCCAUCUCGGUUCUACAACUUUCCCAAUGCGACGACUGCUACCUUCGAAGGGUGGCCCGAUGUGUUCUUUGGACUUUCCCCAAUUCCCUUCCGGAGGCUUGUUCUCAGAGAUAACCUCCCGAAAUUUCAUCGGAUGGGGUCGAUGUCCCAGCUGACAUCUUUGGAGCUUGUUGAUAUACAAUGUGUGUCCAACGAGUCCACGAGUAGACAGGAUACAGUCUACCAACUAUCAAGAUAUCUCUUGAAAUCUCCCCUCCUCAUGGAGCUCAUAUUGACCACAGUCACUAUCGGUCCUCCGAGGCGCUUUGUCAACUGA